CUUUUAUUCUGUCCUGCAUAUGCAAAUGCUGAGGUUGCCAGGUGGACCAUUGUCCGUCUCAGCUUGCACGGUCAAGUCUGCCAGCGAUCCAUACGAUUACAGAACGAUUCGGCUUCCAAACGGCCUCGUGGCGCUGCUCAUCCACGACCCGCACGGAGCUCCUGCCGCCUCUGGUGCUUCACCUACUGCUGCGAAUGGUAAUGCUGAUGCUGCCAGUGGUGCUGGUGCGCCGGGAAGCAGCUCGGCGGUCUCCGCAGAUCCAGGCAAGCGCGCCAAGCCAGCAACAACGGCCUCCUCUUCUGAUCCCCAGGGCACAGCGAUGAUGCAAGUCGAUGACGAUGGCGACGAUGAUGAUGACGAGUUUGAAACAGAGUCGGAUGAAGGCCAAAGCGGCUCAAGCAGUGACGACGACGACGACGACGACGACGAUCAAGACAGCGAGGACGAGGACGAGGACCAAGACGAACCCGAGGAACGCCAAGAAGACAGUGACGAAGAGUCAGCUGGUCACCAUCGCCGACGAAAAACAGGAGACACAGACGCACAGGAAGCAAAGCGACGGUCCGCAGCUGCCAUGUGCGUCGGCGUUGGCAGCUUUAGCGAUCCGCCAGAGGUGCAAGGUCUCGCGCACUUUCUCGAACACAUGCUGUUUAUGGGCUCGGAGCGGUUUCCAGACGAAAACGCCUUUGACGCCUUCAUCCGCAAGAAUGGCGGCUCGGACAAUGCCAGCACCGAGUGCGAAAACACCAUCUUUCAGUUUGAUAUCGGGCCCGAGCACUUCCACACGGCGCUGGACAUUUUCGCCCAGUUUUUCGUGCAGCCGCUCAUGAAGGCCGACACGAUGGAGCGUGAGCGCAACGCCGUCGACACUGAGUUUGCCAUGGCCGAAUCAAGCGACAGCUCGCGAAAGCUCCAAUUUUUGUGCAGCGCCGGUCGCUCGGGUCACCCCGUCAGCCAGUUUAGCUGGGGCAACGCCAAAAGCCUCCUUGAGAUGCCCGUCUCCCAGGGCAUUGACGUGCGCGAGCAGCUUGUCGCCUUCCACAAGAAGCACUACCAUGCUGGCGUGAUGCGGCUGUGCUUGCUCGGACAGGCAUCGCUUGACACGAUGGAAGGCUGGGUGCGAGAGAUUUUUGCUGCCAUUCCGCCAUCGCCGAUGGAGGCCUACGCUCCCUUGGCCGCCGCUCUUCAGCUCCCGCUUCCUGAGAACGGCAAUGCAGAGGAUGCUCACGCUGCCGGUCUGGGACUGCCUGUGCUCGCGCCGAUGCACGCCCACGCGUCGCUGCUCGGCUCCCCACCGCCGUUUGGCGGUCCUUGGGACGCAUUCACCCCGGAAACCUUCUGCACCGUGUCCUAUGCCGAGCCCAUCAAGCAGCUGCAUGAGCUCAACCUCACCUGGCUGCUCCCACCGCUUUCUCACGCCUACCGGGCCAAGCCGCUCUAUUACAUUUCCGAGCUGGUCGGCCACGAAGGCCCUGGUAGCAUAUAUUCCCAGCUGACGCAGCUUGGCUGGGCGUCUGCCUUGUAUGCCGGCAACGGUGGUACUGGGUACGAAGCCAACUCGUCCUUUUACACGUUUGAUUGCACGGUGGUUCUCACAGACUCUGGCGUCGAGCACAUUCCCGAGAUUUUGCUCUUCAUUUUCCAGUACCUGCAGCUGUUGCGUGACGAAGGGCCUCUGCAGCGACUGUUUGCCGAGCAGCAAGCAAUUGCCGCCAUGUCCUUCCGGUUUGGCGAGCCCAUCGAGCCGAUCGACUAUGUCGAGAUGCUCUCUGGCAACAUGCAGUACUUUCCAGAGGAGGACGUGGUGUGCGGGUCAGACCUCUACUUUGACUUUGAUCCUGCCGCCAUCAACUCCAUCCUGGACAUGCUCGCACCACAAACUGCUCGCAUCUUCAUCCUGUCCAAUCGUGCGGCGCACUUUGCACAGCUGUUUCACGGUGGCCACGCUGGUGGAGCUCCGGCAGCGGAGGGCGAGACUCGAGUUGACACGCAAUUUGAAAGCAUUGAGCCGUGGUUUAAGCUGCCCUACACGACCCGCCCGCUCCCUGAAGCUUGGAUUGAGCAGUGGUCCAACUGCGGUCGACAUCCAUCCUUCUUCCUGCCGCCAGCCAACGCAUUCAUUGCAACAGACUUCAACCUCGUCACUGGCGAUGAGAACCAGGUCCAGGUCCGCGCUGCCGACUACAUGCAACAUCUUCCGUCGCGACUGCUCCCAUCGACCCAAGCUGCCGCUCAUUUGGCCACUGCACGGGCUGCUCAAGCAGCGACAACCACUGUCGUGCCACCCACGGCUGUGUCCAGUCCAGCUGGCUCGACCAGCAAGAACGAGCCGAGCUGCGUCACCAGCAUGGAUGUUGACGGACAGUCGCAGCCCGUCGACCAGCCGCGCCCUCCCCUUUACCCCGUGCUUAUUUCGCAAACGGCGCUUUGGAAUCUGUGGCACCGUCGCGACACGGUCUUUGGCCUCCCCCGCGCCUCCGUUUACAUGCACAUCACUGGGCCCGGGUUCAACCAGACUGCUCGUCAAGUCGUGCUCACCGACUUGCACGUCACUGUGCUGGACACCAUCACCAAGCAAUUUAGCUAUGCUGCAGAUGUGGCAGAAGUGUCGUUCUCGUUGCAGCACGUCCGUCAGGGACUCUUCCUCAAGGUCACUGGUUUCAGCCACAAGCUGCCUGUUCUCUUUGAGCGACUGAUCCAAUGCAUUGCCAAUGUCGGCAUGAGCAUUCGCGACGAAGACUUUGAGCUCGCACGCAACCGCAUGCUCCGGAGGUAUCAGAACGCCUCCAUCAAGCCGGACAAGCUUGCUCGCACGCUCCGACUCGACCUUUUGCAGCAGAGGCGCUUCACCAUUGCCGAACGUGUGCUGCAUCUUGAAGGCGGUGCUGCCGAGACGGUGCUCAUGUCCCGCAAUGCUCGCAACGAGCAAGUGGAGGCGGAACACGUUGCUUCGUUCGGUCGACCGGGAUUGUCCUCCACGCACGACGACACUGUGGCGGCCGUGACAUUGACCGAGCUGCGUGAUCAUAUUACGGCCAGCUUGGCUCGCAUUUUCUGCGACGUUCUUGUCCAGGGCAACAUGAAUUGCAACCAGGCCCUAGCUCUGAUGGCCUCCUAUCGCGAGGCGCUGCAUCCCGUACGAGCCGUCUCCCCUGCGACGCCCUCGAGCAGCACGACAAGCGGCAUGGACUGCUCCCAGUCACCAGCGUCUGCCAAUCUGGAGCAGACGGCGCAUGCAGCUGCAGCUGCAGCUGCCACGAUCCCAGCCAUCCCUGCUCGAAUGACGCCUCGCGACUUCCCUCAAGACUGCACAACAGUGCUCCCGCCGGGCUCUAUUUAUUUGCGUACGCGUGGCCAAAACCCGAAUGACGACAACUCGGUGGUGGAGGUCUACUACCAGUGCGCGAGCUUGCCCUUCCGCGAAGUCACCGUCUCCGUCCUGCUCGAAUGCCUGAUGGAGGAGCCGUGUUUCGAUGUCCUGCGCACAAAAGAGCAGCUCGGCUACGACGUGAGCUGCUGCUGCAGGUACACUGGCGGCAUCACAGGGUUUGGGUUUCAGGUGCAAGCCCAGUCGAGCAAGUUUACCGUCGCGCACAUUGACUCGCGCGUUGAAACGUUCAUCCGCGAGGUUUAUCUUCCGCAAUUGGAAGGGGCGGUGCGCGGCUGGGACGCCAAGUACAAUCCUCGCCCGGUGAUCACGUCCGUCGCUCCAGCUCGCGCCGCCAGCAAGGGUGUGAAGCGCAUUGCCACCAAGCGUGGCAGCCCCGCCCGAAGCGGCGCGGCAACGACUACUCGCAAACCACUGGCCUCCGCUGUCCGGACGUCGGCUGCCUCGACGCGCAGCCACGUCAAAGUCGGAGCAGGACGCGCGAGCGGCGCAAAAGCGGCAAAGUCUACUUCCAGCAAGGUCGAUUCUGCGAAAGCACAACCCACCGAGAGCGACGACGACGACGACGAUGACGACGACGACGACAACGACGACGAGGAGGAGGAUGACGAUGCAUCUGACACCGACGCAUCCGCCAGCGGCAAGAACGACGGCGCUCCUGCGUCUGCCAAGCACGAUGCCGAAAUGUGUGCGAACUUUGAGUCCCACCGGGCUGCUCUGAUUUCCAACAAGCUACAGCAGGUCAUGUCUCUGACGGAAGAGGUGGAUCGCAACUGGAACGAGGUGGCAGACCGCGACUACCUGUACGACCGCCUCGAGCGUGAGUCUGCCGAGUUGCAAACCAUUACCCCGCACGAAGUCUUGGCAUUUGUCAAGCAGUAUCUCGUGCCGUCUUCCCAACGACGGAAGUGCACGGUGAUGGUUGUUGGCAAGUCCGAAUUGACCAACGAUGAAGAUGGACGGCUUUGCAUUGCUGCCAUCAACCAGGCCGAGGCCGCCUUGCCCCUCGAGGCACGCGCCCCUGUUGUGACGCACCUCACCGAGCAGAGCAUGUUUGCCUUCAAGGAGCUCCAGUCCGUGACACCCGCCGUCAGCAGUCUUCACAGUUUGCUCUUGCCCUGAGUGUGUUCGUGUCGCGUUUUUGCUCUUUCGUUCGCUGAUGGAGCUGGAUGGUUCUUUUGGCCAGUAGUUUGUACUUUGUGUCGACUGAGAUGCAUGCCCA